AUGAAACUGUUUCUAUUAUAUCUAUUCUUUGCUACGCUCAUCAGUUCCUCCCCAUCAAACCCUCAGGCAAUCUUUUCAGUUCCUGAAUGUCCAAUAGACAUUCCAAUUUCGUGCACAAACUCCACUCCAAUCGCCAAUUCAUGUUGUUUUGAAUCACCUGGGGGGAUUCUCCUUCAAACCCAAUUCUGGGACUAUCAACCUGCCAUUGGUCCCGAUGAUUUAUUCACCCUUCAUGGAUUAUGGCCUGAUAACUGUGAUGGAUCCUAUUUCCAAUUUUGUGAUCGAGACUUGGAAAUCGAACCAAAUGGACGUACUAUAGAAUCGAUUAUUGUUGGUAUAUAUGGCGAUGAAGCAUUAUAUGGAGAAUUGCAAAGGGUUUGGAAAGAUUGGAAGGGGCAAGACAAAAGCUUAUGGGCUCAUGAAUUUAAUAAACAUGGUACAUGUGUAAACACGAUCCAUCCGACUUGUUACGCGAAUGAUUUUAAACCACAUAGGAAUGUAUAUGAUUAUUUCAAUAUUUCUGUUGAAUUAUAUAAAAAAUUGCCUUCUUAUAAUUGGUUGGUUGAUGCUGGUAUAGCCCCAUCCGAAACGCGAACAUACUCCAAGCAAGAGAUCAGUGAUGCAUUGAGCAAGAAUUUCGGUUCAGAGGUAUUUUUCAAAUGCGAUUCUAGCAAUGCCUUAAAUGAAAUAUGGUAUUAUCAUCAUAUCCAAGGUAGCUUACUACAACGUAAAUUUAUCCCUAUUCCUACUGUUAGAAAUUCAAAUUGUCCAAAUGAAGGAAUUAAGUUUUUACCAAAAGGAAGUAAAAAACCUAUUCAGCCUCCAACUCCAGGAAAGAAAGGAUAUAUCAAAUUAACUGAUCAUGAUGGCUGUCUUAUCUCCAAUGGGCACUGGUAUACUCAAGGUACAUGUGCUACGUUUAGAAUCAUAGAAGCUAGGUUUGGCGGGGUGAACAUCAGAUCAUCAAGGGGUUAUUGUGGAUUGAAUCCAAGAGGGCAGUUUGCAUGUCAUUCGGGAAUCGAUCAUAGUUUCCAAUUUCAAAUAGACAAGGACGGAAAGAUUGGAUAUGGUGGAAAGUAUGAUUGGUGCUUCGAUAAGGAUGGAUCUACAGGAGGUGGGAAAAAUAUGCAAGUCCCCAUCAUCUUGUCUGAUGGUAGUUGCGAUGAAACGUUCCAAAUAUAUCUUAGUUCACGAUAG